CUCGUUCUCGCUUUCGUUGUCACAGAGAUUGACCGCUCGGGGCUGGCAAAUUUGCUCGAUGCUGGACCGCGUGCUGCAGCAUCAAGACGGGUCGUUGGCUCGUCCUUCUUCGGAACCGAUGCGGAAACCUUCUCCGCAGAGCAGAUCAGCAAGCUUGCUGCUCUCACCGAGCUCGUUGGCGACUGUUUGAAAAUCUGCACCUCAGUCGAUCUUGUGCGCGAGGUAGCUGUUACCUACCGGCGGCUUUGCAGCGUGCAGCACGCAGCGAGCCAGUCGCGAAGCGGCCUGCUGCCGACUAGUGGCAAUCACACGACCGGAAUAAUUCUGUCCACGGGUAGUUCUGCGUCCUCGUCCUCAACUGCGCGACCUGCUGAGCAAAGCACGCGGGCGAAGAACGCAUACCAGUUCGUGCUUUCCGCUCCUUUUGUUCCAGAGAACGAUCGCGAAGCAACGGAUUACGACGCUUGGCGAAAUUUGGUUCGAGCGCCAGCACCUGCAUCAAGAACUUUCUCUUCC